GAAAACGAUAUCGAUAACCAUCACCAUUCAUGAUCGGAGCUCACCUGCAGACGACAAAAUAAUACAAUUUUGGAGCACCACGAAGCAUAAGACUAUACAUACUAUGCUUAGACAUAGGAACCAGGCUCCAUUGCAAGGUGAAGAUGAGGCACCAAAGACCACUCCUAGUCCUAUUAUAGCAAGAUAUGUCAGCAAGGAGUAUGCACCGUUGCCUCUUUUGGAGGUAUUCAUCUAUGCUGCAUUCAUCAUCACAGUGUUUUCCAGGGCUUUCUUUGCAGUUUAUGAAGCAUCUAAAGAAUACAAAGAUGUUCUCUAUUCUUUCAACUUUGAAGAAGGCUGGUACAUAUUUUGGCACAAAGAUAAGGAUAUUGGGGACUUUGAGUGGACUCAUUGGAGGAACAUCUUCUUCUCUCCUGGUGUAUUGGUUGUGAUGGUUCUCCAUGCUGCUUUAGGAAGGAUUGUCGGCUAUGUUUAUCCAAAGUAUAGGACAUCGUUCCUGCUCUGCUUUGCUGUGGUCAGCAUCUAUUUGUUUGUGGGUCUUCGACUCCUUCUGUACUUCCUGUGUCACUCUCUGCUCAUGUAUACUGUAACAUGCACUGCCAGCAUGUCGACUGUUUGGUGCAUUGUGUUGAUGCAGAUAGCUUCUAUCAACCUUGACUUCUUUCUUCGAUUCCAGCGUUACAUAUUUACAGAUGAGGAUGAUCUUAACAUGAUGGUCUUCACACUUGCCAUGUGUACUCUAAGACACAUCAGUUUUGCCUAUGAGUUUUGCCACUUCCAUUCCACACCAGUAGCCAGGAGACCUAAUGAGAAACAGUACUGGGGCAUCCUAGAUUUUCUACUCUACAUCUAUUACCUGCCACUCUUCUUUGGGGGACCUGUUCUCACCUAUGAUAAAUUUUCCAGACAGAUAAAUUUGAGUAUCCAUAUGUUGAAUUCAGUUGAGUGGAAGCACAUCUUGAAGGAGCUUUUCAGGUAUAUCUUCUGGGCCAUGUUCAUCGAGACAGUGCUGCAUUUCCUCUACUUCCCAGCAUUUCACCAAAGACCAUUCCUACUCAAUAGCAUGUCAUUGUGGGCUGUGGGGGGUUUGGCUCUUUGCCAGCUACUGUUCUUUCAAAUGAAGUACACGGUGAUGUAUGGACUACCAAGGGUCCAUGCCAUGUUCGAUCACAUCAAUGCUCCUCUUCCACCUGUCUGUAUCCUAGGCAUGUACUUAUUCCAAGACUUCUGGAGAUACUUUGAUAGGGGUCUACAUUCAUUACUUGUGAGAUGUAUUUACAUCCCGCUUGGAGGCUCUAAAAGGGGUUUUGUAUGGCAGAUAAUGGCCUCCAUAUGUUGCUUCUCCUUUGUGUGCUUCUGGCAUGGUGCUGAUAAACACCUUGUAUACUGGGCUAUCUUCAACUGUGUAGGACUCCAAAUGGAAGUUCUAGUUGGCAAAAUUGCACAUUGGACAUGUCUCAAUAAUUUACUGUUGAGGUACUUGUCUGGUGCAAUGUAUAGAAGAUUGAUAGCUCUACUCCUCACUCCUAACUACAUGUGCCUUGCUCUGUCCAACUUGAUCUUCCUCUGUGGGAAUGAUAUAUCAUACUCAUAUUACAAUAAUCUCAUAUGGAAUGGUUGGCCCAAUACUUGUCUUGCUACAUUCUUUACAUUCUAUUGCACCAUUCAACUCAUCAUGUCCAUCAACAGCAAGUAUGGCAAGGAUUUCAUGUGCAACAAGUUCUAUUACCGCACAUGGUAAGAAAACCCAACAUUCAAAUUUAAAGAGAAAUUCAAGUUCUGGGGAGAGAUAACAAAUAAUUUGUGAGCUUUUUCAUUCUUUUUAUGUUAGUGUGGAAGAACAUCGGAGAAGAAAAUGUUCACUGAAAAGCAUGGCUCUUCAAAUGCCCUCAUAUUCUAAAUAUGUCAUGUAACAGCGUAAAGUUGUGGACCACAUUUUUAUGCCAUAUGUUUACGUACCGUAGUCCGAUAUACAUCUUUCUGGGUAUAGUGCAUUCGACUUUUACUAAGACAGGGUAAAAUAUUUUAUCAUUUUGAUGAUUCCGACACCGCCAUAUACACUAAUGUGCUACGUGAUCACCCUUUUCCGAUCGAUUCCACAACGUUUCUUUCACAAUGCAACCAAAUGACCAGAAGUCAUCUUUAUCUUCAAAGCAAGUGUCUACUGUGAAUUAUUGCUCCAAGACUGCCAAGUUUUUAGAAUGUAAGAAAAUCCUCAAUAGGGGAGAGGAUUUUUUGCUGAAAAACCCAAAUGAUCAAUAGAUUAUUCACAUGUAUUUAAAACAAGUAUUUUUAUUUUUACAUGUCUUUCAUGAUGGGUUUACAAGGUGUGUUUUUUAUAUGAAAAUAUGUGUAUCUUUAAUUAUUUGAUGAGUAAUUGUAUUGGCCUGUACAUCAAGUCCUGAUAAGAUGUUUUAGUAUGACAAUUACUUGUUUCCAUUAUCAGUAUUUGCAGAGAAACUUUACCAAUGCUUUUAAUGCUCAGAAUUUUUACCUAAGGUAAUACAAAGGUUUUGGUAUGGGGGACAUGAAUUUGGUUCAAAUGAACAUGUUGGAAGCAUAUGCGAUCCUACAAUAUGUAGUGAUCUUUGUCGCGGUUGAAAUUGAGU